UAGUUGGUAAUGUAUCAAUCAAAUAAAGAAGGAAAACCACAUAAUGUAGAUAGUAGUAAGAAAUCAAUUAUUUUUAUAUGCAUACACAUACGUGUAUUAAAUCUUAUUGUUAAUCUAACAUCUUAGGUUCUUAAUGGUACUUUAAUUAUUAUUUUUAAAUUUUAUACAUGUCACGAUCUAAAGCAUUAGAUAGAUGUCGGUUACUUGAAAAGGUAAAAUAAACAUAUUAUGUGUCAUUUGAGAUGUUAAGUACGCGUCCAAUUCCUUAUGAUCUAAUAUUUCUCAACAGAUAAGCUCUUCUUUAUUUCCAUCUUUAUUCAAAUCUUGAUACCGAAAGAAAAUAAAAAAUCUGUAUUCAAAUCUAAAACUCAUAAAUUGCCUCUCCUUCUUAAUUUGUUUGAUUAGUCUUAGCCUUUGUCUUGUCUUUUGGUUAGUAUAAGUAUUGAUAAAUUCCUUUGACCAGCGAUAUCAUCACUAAAAGAUUUUACAUUACCAAGCAAUCUCUCGAAUCACCAGGUCAUAUGAUGUUGUUUCUAGUUGCGGCUGUCGGUUUAAUAGCCUAUUAUGUCUACAAGUCCAUAAAACCGCCGCCGCCAAUUCCAUUGCCGGAGAAUGUUUCUGAGAUAUCUCCAAGAAUCAAACUCAACGAUGGCAGAUAUUUAGCCUACAGAGAAUUAGGGUUUCCAAAAGACAAAGCCAAAAAUAAGAUUAUCAUUCUCCAUGGAUUCGGGAGUUCCAAGUUAGUGGAUUUAAAAAUCACACAGGAAAUGGUCGACGAAUUCGAGAUAUACUUCUUGCUCUUUGAUAGAGCUGGUUAUGGAGAAAGCGAUCCUCAUCCAUCACGAACACUAAAAACAGAUACAUAUGAUAUCGAAGAACUUGCUGAUAAAUUGCAAAUUGGUCCAAAGUUCCAUGUCUUAGGAAUGUCACUCGGGGCUUAUCCAGUUUACGGCUGUCUCAAGUACAUUCCUCAUAGAUUAAGUGGAGCAACGUUGGUGGUUCCGUUACUGAAUUUUUGGUGGAGUCGUCUGCCUCUAAACUUGUCGAUUUCAGCGUUCAAGAAAUUGCCAAUUCAAAAUCAGUGGACACUUGGAGUCGCACACUACUUUCCAUGGUUAUUAUAUUGGUGGAUGACUCAGAAAUGGUUCUCCCCAUUUAGUCAGAAUCCUAGAGAAACUAUGACCGAGCGUGAUAUAGAACUUGCGGAUAAGCAUACAAAACACUCAUACAUCAAGGAAUCCGCACUACGACAAGGUGAAUAUGUGAGCAUGCAACGAGACAUCAUUGCGGGUUACCAGAAUUGGGAGUUUGAUCCAACCGAACUGAGCAAUCCAUUUUCAGAUGAUAACAAAGGGUCAGUUCACAUUUGGUGUGCACUUGAAGACAAACAAAUUUCGCAUGAAGUUUUACUCUACUUAUGUGAUAAGCUUCCAUGGAUAACGCUUCAUGAAGUCCCUGAGGCUGGACAUCUCAUUAUCCAUGAGAAGCAGCAUUUUGAAGACAUUAUUAAAGCCGCUUGUAGUUGAAUGUGAAAAGAAAAAUAAAUAAAAAACUUCAAUAGUUUGCGUUUGGAAUGGAUUUGAAAUUUGAUAUAUAUUAUAUAAAUAUAUGUUCGAUUUUACGACUACAUCCAGAUUUUAUAUCGGAGUGUGUUUUUUUUUU